UUAGAAAAUACUCUAUGCUUAGUAGUCAAUAGUCAGUAUCCAACAGAAUUGAGAAUAUAAUAUAUAUUAUGUAUACUAAUUUAUUCUGUACAUUUAUGUCUAGGGACUGAGUCGACUGACAGACAUCUCAUAUCAUGUCUAGAUCGUCUAUUCUGUGAAAACUGAAAGUUGCAAGUUGCACAUUUGCAAUCAUUGUUUUGUGUUUAAAUAACGAUUGCAUAACCACAAAACAGUUCGUGGUUACUGUAAGAAAGUUUAUCAGUUUAUCAGGAAAAAAAAUAAAACGACAACUGUCCUACGUCUAUCAAUUUUACUGAACUAAUCAGCUAAACAACCAAACUUUUAAUUAUGCACGACCAACCACUUAGAAUUUAGAUUAGAUAUAAGUAUUAAGUACCUUUUGGCUUUUUAGUUUUUAAACGUACAAGAAUUUUAGUCAUUCUAUUAGCAUGAUUGAAAUAUGAUUACGUUACAAUGUUUUCCUAGUCACUUUAUUAUAAGCAUUUUUUUUUCAAUACGGCUGAAAACUGAUCUCGACUCCACUGUUAUGACCGACCUGUGAGUUAUAAAAAUGAAUAAACAAAAUAUUUCACCUAAAAAAAAAUCGAGCUUGUUAAGUAUUCUACACUUAAGGAAAAAAAAACCAACGCCCGAAAUUGAUACAUCAAAACCAACAUUUUAUCAACUAGAUGGUCCAUAUCGUAAUGUUUCUAAUCCACUUAAUAGAAGUACAAAUGUUUCUUUAUGUUGCGCAAUUACCGAGACAACUAAAACACCGUCUGAUUUCCAAAAUGGAGAAAACUCAAAUGAACCUGAUGUGUGUUCUUGUACCGUGGAACCCAAUACUUCUCAUAAACGGUCUUUGAGCCUGGGCUUACAUUCAUCUACCAACGGUGUAAAUCCAGAAUAUAAAGAUACUGAAUCAAAUGAACCAUCAACCCCUUCUUUGGAAAAAUGUGACAGGUUACGGAAAAUGUUUAGCAAUGCACAACAUGUGUCUGCUGAUAGUAUCAUUAUUCCAAAAACCCCUAGUAUAAAUACAGCAGAUUCAAAGCCAAUUCGACCAUCAUCUACUACUACUUUGACAGCAUCAGAGUAUUUAAAAAAAACUGAAACUAAAAAUAACUCAAUGGAUAGUUUAGCCAGACAGGCUUUAUUUGCAGUACAAGUGUUACAUCUUAUUCCUACAUCUGAUGUUAAAGAACGAAACUAUUUACAUGGACGUAUUGCAGGAAAUUCUUUACUAGGAGCUAUGGAAUUGGAGCGAGUCUUACAUAAUCGAGAAGUUCGUAUAUAUGUUGGGACAUGGAACAUGAAUGGCCAAGCGCCUCCACCUGAAUUAAAUGAACUACUGCUCCCCGACACUGUUCCUCAUCUUCCAGAUAUUCUUGCUAUAGGUACCCAAGAAAGUUAUCCUGAUAAAUUUGAAUGGGAAGUAAAUAUUCAAGAAACUAUUGGUCCAUCUCACAUUCUUUUUCAUUCAGCUUCAUUAGGCACAUUACAUUUAGCCAUUUAUAUUCGAAGAGAUUUAAUUUGGUUUUGCUCUGUUCCUGAAGAAUCAAGUUUUAGCACUCGGCCAGGAACUGCAUUUCGAACAAAAGGCGCUGUUGCAAUUUCGUUUUCAUUAUUUGGGUCAUCAAUAUUAUUUAUAACAUCGCAUCUUACUGCACAUGUUGAAAAAGUUAAAGAACGUUUACAAGAUGUGCGUAGAAUUAUUAAAUCUUUGGAACUUCCAAAACUUUUGCCUGUUAAGCAUAAAACAAAAGAUGUUACUAAUAAUUUUGAUUAUGUAUUUUGGUGCGGAGAUCUAAACUUCAGAUUAGCACAUUCACGACCUGAAGUCAUGAAAUGGGUAACACAACAUAGAUUUCCUUUGGUUUCACCUAUGCAUCAAACACUUUCAGAUCAACUAAAUGACUGUAUCUCAAAUGGUUUGGUAUUUCGUGGAUUCCAAGAAGGCCCAUUAACAUUUGCACCAACAUAUAAGUAUGAUCCAGGAACAGAAAUGUUUGAUACAUCUGCUAAACAAAGAACACCUUCAUAUACAGAUAGAAUUCUUUUCAAAUGUGGAAAACAACAGGUUCUACCAAGUCCCACAGGAUCCACAUGUACUUCAUCUAGUAUUGAAUGUUUAACUUACUGUUCAGUUCCAACAGUAUGUACUUCUGACCAUAAACCAGUUUGGGGUCUUUACAAGUGUUCAAUUAGGCCUGGUAUUGAUACUAUGCCUUUAGCUGCUGGACAGUUUAAUCGUGAUGUUUACUUGGAAGCAAUCAAAAGACGAGCAGCAAGUAUGGACAAACGUGUGGGAACGUCUGCUGUGUGUAACGUACAAUAACAAAAAACUAAUAAGCCUAAAAAUAGGCAAAAAGUGAUAAAAUCUUCUUAAAAGGGUACUAUAUAUUUAGUUUGUAGAAUAAUAUCUAAAGGGGGAUCAAAUAAUUAAUCAUUUUUAUUAAUCAAAAAUGAUUAACUAUAAAGAAGUCAAAUGACAUAUAAAACACGCACUAAAAGACUGCAUGUAAAAGGUAAAAUGAUCAGCUAUAUUAAAUUUGCUUGACUGUCUGUGGUGCUUUCUUUUGUAAUUAUUUUUUUUUUAAUUUUUAUAGAUAUUUAACCAUACUAAAGUAAUUUUGUCUAGUCAAAAUAAAAUAUAAAUGUGCAAUUUUUAAUACCA